UAUUUUGUCUACAGGCUGAAGCAAAAUUUGGCUAUCUUUUGGAGGCUUUAGACAUGGGUGCUCCUCCACAUGUAUUUUGAUGGAUAUGGAUAUCAUGGAGCAUCACUUGAGCAAACAUAUCGAUGUUACCCUGCAUCUUUUAUUGAUAAGCCACAGAUUGAAAAUGGUGAUAAAAUUAUAAUGCCUCCCUCAGCCCUUGACCGUCUUGCAUCUCUUCAUAUUGAUUAUCCUAUGUUGUUUGAACUUCGCAAUGCUGCUACUGAGCGCAUUUCUCAUUGUGGCGUUCUUGAGUUCAUUGUAGAAGAAGGCAUGAUAUAUAUGCCUUACUGGAUGAUGGAGAAUCUGCUCUUACAAGAAGGAGACAUUGUGUGAGUGAAAAAUAUGACUCUCCAAAA